AUGUCCGCCGUUCCGCCGCCCCCGCCAAACUCGCACAGGAGCCCCCGAGUCCUCGCUUGCGUCCUCUGCCAGCACCGCAAGAUCAAGUGCGAUCGCAAUACGCCAUGCUCCAAUUGCGUCAAGGCUGGUGUCACAUGCACUCCCAGCACACCCGCUCCGGCGCGCAAGCGUCGCCGCCCGAACCAAGAUCUCCAAGAGCGUCUUGCCCGAUGCGAGGAGCUUCUAAAACAGUAUGCCACCGGCGGCUCUCCUCCCAGCACCUCCCCCAACCCUUCCCCCCCGGCACCUUCCACCGCGACUACCACCAAGAAGGAGGCGUUCGACACCCCCAGCAGCUUCAGCACCGAAUCGCAGUCGACCGUCCAGCCUCGGUACAAAAUUAUUCAGGAAGAUGGAGUCUCGAGAUUCAUGGACAGUCGAAUUUGGGGCACCGUCGUCGAAGAGCUUCAAGCCAUGCGCAGUCUCGUCGAGGCCGAGGAUCCCGAGGAUUCCAGCAUCUUGAGCCCCGCCGAGGAGCUCACACCCGAUAAUAACACCGACCUGAUUCUCUCACUCGACUUUACAAAUACAACCACCGAGGACCUCCUCCCAGAUCCUGUCCAUGUUUUCCGGCUCUGGCAAAUUUAUCUCGACAGGGUGAAUCCGCUCAACAAAGUCAUCCAUGUGCCCACAGUUCAGCCGUACGUCGUUGAAAUUACCACCAAUGUGUCCAACGUUCCCUUGGACUAUCAGGCGUUGCUCUUUAGUAUCAUGUCCAUGGCCACCCUCUCUCUUGAGGAGAACGAGGCCGUCCAGAUGCUCGGCAUGUCUAGAGAAAAGGCCCUGCAGACUUUCAACGCCGGCGCCAAGGCCGCCCUGAUCCGCUUCAACUACCUGAAAAAUUACAACAUGACCUCCCUGCAGGCUCUCAUGCUCUACCUCUUCUCCCUCGAGAGCCGAAUCGAUAUGCACAUGGCCUGGGUCAUGAGCGCGACUGCUGUUCGCCUCGCCCAAAAGAUGGGCUACCACCAUGACGGUGAGAAGCUGGAGAUGACGCCCUACGAAACCGAGAUGCGACGAAGAAUCUGGUGGCAGCUGUACAUGCACGACUUUAAGCUAGGCAUGUUUUCUGGCCUCAGCCAGCAAUCCAGCUUCAAUCAAAAAUGGGACACCAAAAUCCCCAGUAACCUCAACGACGCCGACCUGUUUCCCGGCUCCACCGAGCCCGUUCGUCCCAGAGACGGUCCGACGGAAAUGAUUUUCGUCAUGAUCAUGUGUCAGGUAAUCGAUUUCAAGCGAAUGAGCGCCACUGCCGACGAAGAGGCAGAGCUGGAGGCUGCCAUCCUUGGCCAGAGCGACGAAAGCGAGUACGACACCGCCAAGCAUCAAGCCAUGUUCGACAAGUUCCGCGCUCAGUCGCGUGUGAUUGAGGACCAGCUUAUCGAGACGGAAACAAAGUACUGCGAUCCUUCGGCUGGCAAUGCCCACAUUGCCGCCAAGGCUUUCCGACCCCUCAUGUUCAAAAACAUGGAUGAGAUGCUGAUUCCCAUGCGCGAGCAGCCCGAAUGGGGUACUGAAAUCUUUGGGCCCAAAGACAACCUGUUCAAGAUCAUGGUCCUUGGCUCUGAACAUCGUCUCUCCCUCUACCAGGGCAUGAGUGAGGCGGGCUUCAUCUGGUUCAUGAGAAUCACCUUUUCCAUUGACUUUUUCUCGUUCCUGACCUCGCAGCUCUGCACACACACACGCGGCACGUUGGCCGAUCGAGCCUGGAAGUCUGUCGAGAGCACGUAUGGCUACCACCCGGAGCUGCUUGAUCUGUCGCAAAAGACGCGCCUCACACAGGCCCAGCUUGCGCUCAAGGCUUGGAAGGCUCGCGAGGCCUCGUUUCUGCACGCCGGCUGGCCACUCGAGACGCCCCGCUUUAUCCAGCGGAUCCGCGAGCUGCUCCCGUCCAGCGACUGCCGGUCCUCCGGCACCAACUCGACGACGGCGACUCCCGCUAUGCCUAUGUUGGGCGUGCAGAUGGGCCAACAACCCAUGCAGACGGACCCUGAUCCUUUCUCGGGCAGUUUCCUUGACAUGCCACCCAUGACGUGGGACAUGUUUGGCGACAUGAACCUUGCCACAUCGGAUCAAAUCCCGGCUGCCAUGUACGGCAACUACGGUAUCGGGAACCUGAAUCUUAAUAAUAUUAACAAUAUGAGACGCAUGUAG